AUGGACGGUCCACUCAAAGAGUUGUCCAAGCUCGAGAAGCUCACGGAGAAAGGCCAAGGGAAAGCACCAUCUAUCGAGAACUCUUUGGACUCUCUUCUCCAUUCUCUCCGACAAGUGAAGGAUCGCAUCAAGGCAGGGAGCGUUACAGAGGACACUUAUGGCUUUCUAGCACAAACCGUCGAAGCAAAGAAGAAAGAAAUAGAUGAGAGACAGAAGGAGGUUUAUAAUGGAAUUGCAAGACUUGGGAAGGCCCUGGACAAGAAAUUCACUCAGCCGCUUCCGACAUAUGACCCUCUUUUCACGUCGGACCGUGCGCAAGCGGCUCUUGAAAGAACAAUUGCCCUACAUUUCCUGCGCACCGGACAGUUUUCGACAGCGGAAACAUUCAUCCAAGAGUGCGGUGUAUUCAUCGAGCCUGGGCUACGAACUCAAUUCCAGGACUUGCACCGCAUCGUGUUGGCAUUAAAGAGACAGGAUAUCGGACCCGCAUUAGAGUGGUCGCUGAAGAACCGCGAAUUUCUUCGAAAGCGAUCUUCGCCGCUGGAAUUCUAUUUACAUCGGUCCCAAUUCAUCCGCCUCCUCUUGGCAGAACCACUAGAUGCUGGCCCUGCCAUUUCGUAUGCAAAUGCCACAUUGCGCAGCUUUUACCCAGAGCACGCAGCCGAGUUUCAGAGACUCAUGACUUCCGUUCUGUAUCUCCCGAAGGAACGCCUGCAGCGGUCUCCGUAUGCAGACUUGGCCUCAGACUCGGUGCAUACGGAUCUCGAGCCACUUUUCGCCAAGGAAUAUUGCACGAGUCUUGGCAUGAGCCGCCAAGUACCACUGAGAGUAAUAGGUGACAUUGGCGGUGGAGGUGCCUUGGCCAGAAUUGAGAAGGCCCGGACAGUAAUGAAAGAGCGUAAGAGUGAAUGGAGUCAGACCGACGAGUUACCUAUCGAAAUUCAGCUCGCACCAGAGAACCGUUAUCAUUCCAUUUUUGCUUGCCCAGUAUCCAAGGAGCAAUCCACUGAAGAUAACCCCCCGAUGAUGAUGACAUGUGGGCACGUUAUAACGAAGGACAGUUUGCAAAAACUGUGCAAGUCCAAUGGACGUGUCAAAUGUCCGUACUGCCCCGCGGAGUCGACACAGGCGAACGCUUUGCGCGUUUUUUUCUAG